AUGGGUCGAUUGACGACAAUUGGCGAGAUGAGCAAUUUCGAGUUUUUUGUCGAUGAAAAGAGGGAAAAGGACUCGAUUUUCACUGAUUUAAAUCAAAAUCAUUCGAAAAUCGUGUCAAACGACGUCCAGCAUCCAUUAAUUUCUCAGAAACAGAUGUCCUCGACGCCGGGCGACGCUGGGACGAAAGCCGAGAUUCGAAGCGUUCUUCUCCGGCAUUGGCGCACGCUGGAUCGCGCUCGUUUGAAUAUGUUUCAUUUGUGGGUACUGGGAUACACAAUGGCACAUCUAUUCGCUAUUUACUAUUUUAAGCAAAAAGAUGAGAGUUUAAAAUAUUCGUGCCUUGGGCUGAUCGUCAUCUUUUUUGUUUAUUCGAUUUUAGCAUUUUUGGCUGGUCGUUUGAGAGAAUUGGAUAGUAAACGAAUGUUUAUUCUCUCAUUGCUUUCGACAAUGAUUUUCCCGAUAGCAAUUUGGGUGAUCUAUUUACCGUAUCUUGUACAGGAGAUCAAACAAGGCCGUGUCCCGGAAAUGUCCUCGCUUUUCACCUCGUUAUGCAUCUCAACAAUUUAUCAGCAUUUAAUCCUCCCGCGUCGUCGUCGUCUCUUUCUUAUUUUAUGCGUUUUCUGGAAUUUUCUCAACUUUUUUUUGUUGCUAAUGAUCAAUUUAACGCCAUUGAGAAGAGAUGGAGGAGUGCUGAAUUCGAUUUUCUCCUUCUCAAUCCAUCAAGCAAUCGUUUCGCUGAUCGGUUUGAUGUGCGAUGCGAAUGAGGCCGCGAAUCGAGCCGACAUCGCCAACAAGUUGACCGAAGCUGUGUACAGAAGAACAGAGUUGGAAACGCUCAAAGACAGACAGGAGCAACUCCUCCUCUCAGUCAUCCCAGCCUAUUUAGCGGACAAAGUUAGCAAAAUGAUUGUCGCCUCAUCAUCACAAUACAAAACCCAACCGGAUCCGCGUCUCCGUGGACACAAGCUCUUUCAUGAGUUGCAUGUACAAGUUCACGACAAUGUUAGUAUUCUCUUUGCGGACAUCGUGAAUUUCACGGUGUUAGCCGCGCAGCUGAGUGCAAAGGAUUUGGUGAGAACGCUGAAUGAGCUUUACAGCAAAUUCGAUAGAGAUGCGCAGAAACUGCAAUGUAUGCGCAUCAAAUUUCUUGGCGAUUGCUAUUAUUGUGUGUCGGGGAUGCCGGUGAAUCGACCGAAUCACGCGGAUAUGUGUGUCGUGAUGGGCUUGGAGAUGAUCAACACGAUCAAACAAAUCCGGAACGCCACCGGAGUCGACGUGAAUAUGCGAAUCGGCGUGCAUACGGGCUCGGUGCUGUGCGGAAUCCUGGGACUACGAAAAUGGCAAUUCGAUGUGUGGAGCGAUGACGUAACGCUGGCAAACCAUAUGGAGAGCGCUGGGGUGCCUGGAGCUGUACACAUCACAAAAACGACCAGGGAUAUGUUGUUGGGGGAUUACUGUAUCGUCGAGGCGAACUCUGACGAUCCUCAUAUUGUUGCACACGGUGAGCCAACGUAUCACAUUUUGCCCGAUAAAACGACCGUUAUCGAGAGGACGGCAAGCAUUUACAGGAAUAAACGUCGAGCCAUGGACAUGAGCGUUGAGGAGAAUGGGACGGGUGUCGGAUUGUCGCCUGCUUCUGCGCACAAUCCUCGCAUAUCGAUGAAGAGCAAGGUUUCAAAAAUGGUUGAAUUCUGGGGUGCCGAGACGCCAUUUGCGAAUUUGGCUCGAAAACGGAGUGUCCAGGGGAGGAAUGAGUGUUCCGAUGCGCCUCGUCGACCGCACACCGUGCAAAGCAUGACGCUCAUCGAAAACAAUUUGACGAAUUAUUCAUUGAAUAAUUUCACAAACAUGUUCAGCUGUAAGAGCACGAAAAUCUCGACGUCACCGAAUUUACUAUGGCCAUUUAGCUCGCACACGUAUUUAUGUCAAUUCUCGGACUGUACUCUCUUUGUGUUGAUCUCUGUGCCAUUAGGUGCCGCUAAUAUGCUCACUAUUCGACAAUAUUUCCCAGAAAACACUCAAAUUUUGAUGGGAUUAAUCUUUGUUGUCUGCACGCUCGUCUUGUGCUUUUUAGCCGUUUUAAAUCGACUUUGCCCCUUUGCUCAAAAAAUCUUCGCCUCGACAGCUUUCGUUUUAUCGACUUUACUUACUAUUGGGCCACAUCUAAUUCUCACAAGUAAAGUUGAUGAAAGCACGUUGAAGAAAACGUUGACGUCAUUGAUUUGGUUGCCUGCCUCGAUCACUCAUUUGUCUUUGGUUUUCAUCCUCUACCGUCUCCCAUAUUCGUUUCGGUGUUUCCUUUUCGCAAUCGAUUUUGGUCUAUUCGAAGUGCUGCUUUCAAUGUUUCCUAUUUAUAAUAAUCAAGGAAAUAAAGAUGAAUCAUCUUCAAGUCAACAAUUGAGUUACCAGCUAACGAUUAUUCUCUUAAAUCUGAUUUUCGCCUUGUUGCUGUUGAUGUUCGUUGAUUGGAUUACAAAUUACGAAAGAAAAGCCGAAUCCGCAUGUCAUGUUUCUUUUGAAAACGAAGAGAAAGAUGUUGAAACGAUGCAGGAUAUUAAUAAAAUUCUUAUCGAGAACAUCUUGCCGAGCUCAGUUGCUUUAAAAUUUCUGUCACCCGAUCGAAAUGUUGAUGAACUUUACGCUCGAAUGCACGAAAAUGUUUGUGUCAUGUUUGCUUCAAUUCCAAAUUUUAAGGAUUUCUGGAGUCAAUGGGACACUAGCCGAAAGCUGGAGUGCUUGCGAUUGUUGAACGAGAUUGUUUGCGAGUUCGACAAGUUGUUGUCGAAGCCGAAAUUCAGUAGUGUGGAGAAGAUCAAGACCGUCGGGAGCACAUAUAUGGCGGCGUCGGGGUUGAACGAGGCAGAAAUCGACGAGAUGCCUUUUGAUGGCAAUGAUGCGAUGUUGAGAAGGCGAAUGGAGAACGCGGCUUUUCGAAAUGCAACGGUGAUGAUUGAGUUUGCAAUGGCGAUGGCUCAGCUGUUAGAAGUAUUGAAUCGAGAUUCAUUUCAGAAUUUCGAGCUGCGAAUUGGUAUGUCGGUGGGCAGCCUGGUGGCCGGAGUGAUCGGCGCGCAGAAGCCCCAAUACGACAUUUGGGGAAACACGGUGAAUCUGGCUUCAAGAAUGGAUACGCAUGGAGAACCCCGAAAAAUCCAUGUGACGACUGAGAUGGGGCAACUGCUGAAGCGAGCCGGCUUUCGAGUCCACAGUCGCGGCAAGAUCAAAGUCAAAGGGGUUAAGGAUAUGAUGGAGACAUUUUUCUUGGAUAUCGACUCAAAACGGAGCUCUAGUGUUAGCCAGAACUCGCCCGCCUAUCAACUAAACAACAAUAGCAGUACGCUGCAAGUGCUU